AUUCAGAGUAGCUGUUCGGCACAGGGAUUGGAGGAAAGGAGAUAGAGCGGGCGGGCGGGCGGAAAACUGUAGCAAACCUGUCACCCAGCAUCUACCCUUCACAUCCUGUCUGCAGAUCAGGAAAGUGAUAGAGGAAACGUUUUCUCCUCAAAGCCAGUCUUCAUCUGUGUUUUCACAUUUCGUUGUUCACAGCAAAAACAGUUAAAAAAAGCACACUUGCAAACAACAAAGCGAAGGACAAACAGACAGAUAAAAAGACCCGGCCAUCCAUCUCUGAGAUCUAGCAUGGCUGUCAUCACCUGUACCCGAUUCACUGAGGACUUCCAGCUCUUUGAGGAACUUGGCAAGGGAGCUUUUUCAGUGGUGCGCAGAUGUCUUAAAGUCCUCACAGGGCAGGAGUAUGCUGCCAAGAUAAUCAACACCAAGAAGCUCUCUGCCAGGGAUCAUCAGAAGUUGGAUCGAGAGGCUAGGAUCUGCCGGUUAUUGAAACACCCCAAUAUAGUGCGUCUCCAUGACAGCAUCUCAGAGGAGGGACACCAUUAUCUGAUAUUUGACCUAGUGACAGGCGGGGAGCUCUUUGAGGACAUAGUUGCACGGGAGUACUACAGCGAAGCGGACGCAAGUCACUGUAUUCAGCAGAUCCUAGAGGCUGUGUUGCACUGUCAUCAGAUGGGUGUUGUUCACAGAGACCUCAAGCCCGAGAAUCUCCUCCUUGCCUCGAAGUCCAAAGGAGCUGCGGUGAAGCUGGCUGACUUUGGCCUGGCCAUCGAAGUAGAGGGAGAACAGCAGGCGUGGUUCGGCUUUGCUGGGACACCUGGAUACCUGUCUCCUGAGGUCCUGAGGAAAGAUCCGUACGGCAAGGCUGUGGACCUGUGGGCGUGCGGUGUAAUUUUGUACAUCCUCCUUGUGGGCUACCCGCCUUUCUGGGAUGAAGACCAACACAGGCUGUAUCAGCAGAUCAAAGCCGGCGCCUAUGAUUUCCCAUCACCCGAAUGGGACACCGUAACCCCUGAAGCGAAAGAUCUUAUUAACAAGAUGUUAACCAUCAACCCUGCCAAGCGCAUCACUGCUUCAGAGGUCCUGAAACAUCCGUGGAUCUCACACCGCUCCACAGUGGCCUCCUGCAUGCACAGACAGGAGACCGUGGAAUGCCUGAAGAAGUUCAACGCUCGCCGGAAGCUGAAGGGUGCUAUUCUCACCACGAUGUUGGCUACCCGCAAUUUUUCAGGAGGCAAAACCUCGGCCGGCAAGAAGACGGAUGGUGUGAAGAAAAGGAAGUCCAGUUCCAGUGUCCAGCUGAUGGAAUCAUCAGAAAGCACUAACACCACCAUUGAGGAUGAGGACACUCGAGUGAGGAAACAGGAGAUCAUCAAGGUGACAGAGCAGCUCAUCGAAGCCAUCAGCAACGGUGACUUUGAGAGCUACACGAAGAUGUGUGAUCCCAGUGUUACUGCCUUUGAGCCCGAGGCUCUGGGAAACCUGGUGGAGGGCCUGGACUUCCACCGCUUCUACUUUGAGAACUUGUGGUCCAAGAACAGCAAACCAGUUCACACCACCAUCCUCAACCCACACAUUCAUCUGAUCGGGGAGGAGGCCGCCUGCAUCGCCUAUAUACGCAUCACCCAGUACAUCGAUACCAACGGAAUGCCACGCACCGCCCAGUCAGAGGAGACGCGCAUCUGGCACCGCCGGGAUGGCAAGUGGCAGAUUGUCCACUUCCACCGUUCAGGGGCACCCUCUGCCAUCACCAACCUCUAUGUCGGAGGGCCUGAAUGAGCCAUGACUUUCAUGACGCUGCUGAUUUGCUGGCUGUGUGUGUGGACCCCCGGAGAGAGGAGCCCACCUCCCUGAGACACAAGCCUGCCACCCCCCACUCCCACCC